CCAACGAACAACUUUUUUUUCUUUUUCGGACAUGUCCCCAGAACCUCGAUUCGGGCACCCAACUGUCUCCCCCAUCCUAUCGGCAGCCGGAGAACCAACCAGACCCUCGCCCAGUACCGGAGGUUUGUUCAACAUUUCCACCCCUCGCUGGAACGGCACCUGAGAUACCGCCGUCAGGGCUCCCUGCCCGCUCUCGGUACUGCAGCGGAGUUCUGAGGGACCCUGCGCAGUGAGAAAUCGGUGGGUGUUGGCCGCCCAUUCGCAUGAUUCUGCCGCCUGAAGCAACAACAAGAGCAUUGACGGCAGCACUGAGGAGCUGCCGCGCCCGCUCCCGCCCGGCUCAGUCAGGCUCAUCUUUUACCCUCCCGCCAGAUGCUCCUUGUCUCUCUCUAGGUCGACCACCUCGCGCCAGCUGCCUCCAUCAUAGCCCCGGGAUUGCAGCACGAGACGCAUUUUUUGGCCGCCUGAUUCUGCCGCCGCCGCCCCCAACCGCCGCCCGCCCCUCCCAAUUGCCUAGGUGGGCUCUCGACGGUCUCACAGCCCCAACUCCCCCAUUGCCCGCUCAGAGCUGCACGGGCAGCUCGCAGUCACCACGUCUUCUUCAAAGAAACGCAAGGUUUCUCGCCGAUCCCCACGCAACAGCAGAGCCCAGGACCAUUCCUCCCUGGAGACGCUCCUGCCCACGACCGAAGAAGACCUCGAUCCCAGCUUCUCCUUCACCACCUCCGCCUCCGGGUCCGGCCUGACCACCCCGACCUACGUUCGCGCCGACUCCGUCCCCGCUGCGUCUGGUCUGCCGCCACGCCUGCAGUCUCUCUAUAGCUCACACCAGUCGUCCGACUACGCUUCAUCUGCCGCGAGCUCGCCCUGCGCCGCCUCGGCCGACCUUUCGCUGGAUAACGAUCGCGCCGAGGACCUGCCCCAGGACGGCCUCCACCCCCCACCGUCUGGCUCUCGCGCCGCGAGGAGUAACUCCCCCCUGGCCUCCAACCCUCAGCACCGCAUGAUCAUGGGCGGCGCCGCGGACACUCCACAGCGGUCGUCAUCGCCUCUCAAGCGCAGGGCCUCGAGCAUGGACAAGGAGAUGGACUCGGACGCGAAAGAGGAUGUGGAUAUGAUCAACCCCCCGCCACUCGAAGAGUCGGAGGAGGCCGACUCGCUUGCCAGUCCACCCCGGCAGGAUGUUGCAGGUGCAGCCGGUGUGAUAUCACAUGCUCCCAAUCCUGAAUUGGAUUCUAAGCUCUCCGCCUCUGGGUGCCCGGAAGUGUCGGCCCCGACCGAGGGCGGCGUGUCUGACCUUGGAGUCAAUACCUACCCUCCUCCGCUCCCCGAACAGAUAAAGACGAUCGAGACAUUGUUGAAGGCCUUCGGCGAGACCCCAUUGCAGGAGGGCGACACAGCUUUCUUGGUGUCGCGGCAGUGGCUCGAGAAAGCCCAGGCCUUCGGUGACGACUCGAAGCACGCCCCGGCGAAGGCUUCCGAGGUGUCUCUAGGCCCGGUCGACAACUCGGACAUCGUCCAGGAAAUCUUGAAGGACGUCGAAGACAAAGACUUUGUUCGCUUGAAACCCGGCAUAGGCCUCGAGCAUUAUCAACUGUUCUCUCAGGAUGCCUGGGAUCUAGUCAUCUCAUGGUAUGGGCUCGCCGAUGGACAGUUGCCUAUCCAAAGGUUUGCUCACGACACGGCCCCGGAGGGAAGCAUCCCACAUGUUCAGUUCGAGAUACACCCGCCCAUUUUCGCCAUCCAUCGGCUGUGGUCACCCACUAGUCCCAUCCCUAUCGAUCAGAAGCUGAAGGCGACGAACCCGCCACCGGCCACUCUCGCCUGUAGCUCCUCCUGCAGGACUCAAGCAUUUCUGAAAAAGAUAAAACGGCUAGCUGGGGUUGACAUGGAACGGAAAGUGAGGCUAUGGAGAGUCACACGCGAGCCGCUGGCCCCCGCCUCCACGCCACCAUCCUCUUCGGCCAUGCAGAUCACGCCAGCAACGCCGCCUGAAUCCCCCAACAACACUCCCGAUGAGCGGGAUCCUUGGGACUACCUCUUGGUUGAAGCGUCUCGACUGAUGGCGCUCACCAAGAAUGUUGAGCGAGAGGAGCUGGAAAUCAAGGACACCACGAACGACCCAAACUACAAUGGCAGAUCCACACUCGCCUUCUUUUCCUUGCAUGCCAAUGACACUCUUGUGCUCGACGAGAACAUCGAGGGGCACAUGUUUAUCUCGGUCUACAAGGGAACUGGGGUUGCCCCUAAGGAGAAAGCGAUCGCAACGAGGGGCAGUUCGUCGUGCCUCGCAGUAACGACACGAGCGACGGCAAGUGGUCGGAGCAGCCCCGCGCCCAUAGGGCCAACCACGCGUGGCCGAGCCAAACUGAAGUCGGGUCGAACUACAGGGUGCGUCGGCCUGAGCAACCUCGGGAACACGUGCUACAUGAAUUCGGCCUUGCAGUGCGUACGAAGCGUUGAAGAGCUCACAAAGUAUUUCUUGGUCGGCGAGGCCGAGAAGGAGAUCAACACGGACAACCCGCUCGCCCACAAUGGAGACGUCGCCAUGGUCUACUAUUCACUCUUGAAGGAAAUGUACAAGGACUCCGCGUCCGCGUCCUUCUCCCCCAGGCAGUUCAAAAAUGUAAUCGGGCGGUAUGCGCCCGCCUUCUCUGGAUACGGGCAGCAGGAUUCCCAGGAGUUCGUCGGGUUCCUUCUUGACGCUCUUCAGGAGGACUUGAGCCGCAUCAAGAAGAAGCCUUACAUCGAGAAGCCAGACUCGACUGACGAUAUGAUCAACAACCCUGAUGCCAUCAAGGAGAUGGCAGACAAGGUCUGGGACAUUACCAAGAAGCGGGACGAUUCUGUCAUUGCGGAUCUCUUUACCGGCAUGUACAAGUCGACCCUUGUUUGCCCAUUUUGCGACAAGGUCAGCAUCACGUUUGAUCCCUUCAACAACCUGACGCUUCCACUGCCGCUCCAGAAUGUCUGGUCAAAGUCCGUCAAGUACGUGCCAUUGAACGACGCCCCGGUCGAGAUUAAUGUGGAGCUCGACAAGAACAGCAGCAUCAAUGAGCUCAAGGACUACAUUGCCGCCCGCGUCGGCGUGCCGUCGGAGCGUCUGAUCGGGGCUGAGGAGUUCAAGGACAAAUUCUUCAAGAUUUAUGAAGAUAAUAGUAGCGCCUCGGAAGAAAUCGCGACAAACGACGUGCCCGUCUUCUUCGAGCUGGAGGCGGCGCCGACAAACGCGGGGUACAAGAGGCCCAAGAAGAAGAUCAGAUCUAUGCUUCAAGUCAACGACGACGAGGAAGACGAAGCGCCAGCCGAGUGGGAUGCUCCGGAGGCCGACAGGCUGGUUGUGCCUGUCAUCCACAAGUUCGGGACGUACACGAAUGGCAGGAAACGCCAAGGAAUAACUGCGACGCCGCCGCAUUUCAUCGUCGUCACGCGGGAAGAGGCUCGCAACGAGGAUGCUAUCCGUCGCAAGAUUCUAGAGAAGGUGGCCUCAUUCUCAACAUGGCCCCAAUUCUCGCACUCUCAAGAAGCGGAGUUCGGAGACAACACCGAUCUCGAGAUGGUGACCGCGCCAACCUCUGACGCCGAUUCGUCCGGCGACUCCAAGGUGAUCGCCAAGUCGGUCGAGGGUGAGGAGGAUCUGGUCGAUGUCAGCACUGCCACGGCUGGCCUGGCGGGAGCCGUUCCUGGUCCCGCAGCUCAAUCAGUCAAGCCACUAAAGGUGUUCAACACAACGAGGCCCAAGUGGAUAGACACCAGCGAGUACCUCGACCCGCAACUGCAGAAUCUCUUCAAUUUGAGCUACUUCAGCGAAUCCGAGUCGGGCGUCCCGACUGGGUGGCAGAGUAUCAGCGACAACAUACUCCCAUCCCUGGCCAGCCGCCUUCCACAGGUCGACGUGGACAUGCGAAGCCCUGGCGCGACGGGACCAGAGCACGACAGCAGCUCCGAGGAGUCAAGUCAGCAGGCCAUUGUUGACCCCGUGGAAACAGCUGAGCUCACACGCAUGGCGGAGGAGUCCAGCGACGAAGAGGACAUUCCACCGAACAUGAAUGUUGGUCGACUGCGUGCGGGCCAAAAACCAAAAAUGGUGGGUGGCAGGCGGCAAAACCGCAAGUCACAGAAAACCUAUGGGAAAAAGGCAGGCAAACGCCGCAGUAAGCACUCGAACAGCAGUGGCAGCAGUGCGGCACCAUUCAGCGGCCUCGACAACAGCGCUGGUGGCUCGGGGACAACAGGAUCAAAUUCCGGUCCCCUGAUCCGUUUGGGCGAGGGGAUUGUGGUGAACUGGGACGAAGACGCUUGGGAAAUGGUUUACGGCAAAGCCAAACUCAACGACGACCGCGGCGAGCCCACCUUCAACGCCAUCGAGACCCUCCAGGACCCAGCACUGGCGGAGAGGAAGCGGCUGCGCAACCAACGCCGUAAGAACGGCAUCACCCUGGACGACUGCUUAGACGAGUUUGAGAAGCAGGAGAUUCUCUCGGAACAGGACAUGUGGUACUGUCCUCGCUGCAAGGAACACCGCCGCGCAAAAAAGAAGUUCGAUUUGUGGAAGACGCCUGAUAUUCUCGUGGUGCAUCUGAAACGCUUCAGCUCCAGCGGUUGGCGUCGAGACAAGCUCGACAUCCUUGUGGACUUUCCCAUCGAGGGGCUUGACCUGACUCGCCGUGUCAUCGACCGCCAAACCAACAAGCAGGAGAUUUACGACCUCAUCGCCAUUGACGAUCACUGGGGAGGGCUCGGCGGCGGCCACUACACGGCAUUCGCGAAGAACUUCAUCGAUAACGAGUGGUACGAUUACAAUGACUCGUCCGUUACCAAGCAGAAGGACCUCUCGCGCAUGGUAACAUCAUCGGCGUACCUGCUCUUCUAUCGGCGGCGCUCAGAUAUCCCCUUGGGCGGGCCCCGGUUCCAGCGGAUCAACGAUCUCUUCAACAACGACACCCCCGAUGAAGACAUGUCGGAUUCGGGGGAAGGUCAGCGUCUCGACACAGGCUCCUCCCUGCGUGGGUUGUCGAGCGCCUUGAUAGGAGCAGAAGUAACUCACCCGCAAGGAGGUCGUGGCUCUCCUAGUGGGGGGCUAGCCUCUGAGACUCUGGGCCUGAGCGCCGACGAUGGCGAGCAGCUGCCGUCAUAUGAAUCGGUUGGUGUGCAAUCCUGGCAAUCCAGAGAUAACGGCGAUGGCAUCCGUGGAAGUAUAGAGGAUGAAGGCAUCAGCAUGGCAUCAAAUCAAUGGGGGCAGCCGGACUGGAACUGGAACCAAAUUGAAGGGGGUCCAAAGACCACUGGCUCGGUGGCUUCGGAUGAGGCCGAGAUGAACUCCUCUAACGGCGGGUUCAGCGACCGCAACACGGGCAUGAACUCGCCAUUCCACCAGUUUGACGACUACGAUGACGCGCCCGCGCCCGAGGGACACGUGUCCGAAUAUCAGGAGCCUCCUGAGCCCAACUCGGAAGCUCAAGCUAACAUGAACGACAUCCGCAAUCUUUCGUGGAAGAACCAGGGCCUCCACACAAUCCCUGGUGAUAUUGGCGAGGAUGCAGCGUCGGUCCGCGCUAUCGAAAUCCAUCUAGACGACGAGAAGAGCGGCAGGGCGGAGUGAGGUCGUGUGACGGACAGGGAGGCGACGAGGUGGCGGCGAAAGAUGCAUUGUCGGGGUGAACAAAAGCGUGGACAUUAUACAUAGACAACGGAAUGAUGGCAUGGCACCAAAGACGCACGGUAAAUAGAGCGGUGGGAAUGGUUCAUGUCGGAUCCAAGCUACGAAGCGAAAUUAUGCGGACGGACUGCUGUUGAGCGAGCUGGUGCAGCCUCGACUGCUAGCUCAGAACGCGGCGAGGGGCGACGGGAUGCCUUGAAGCAGUUGUAGGUAAGAGAAGCUAUUCUCGUCCGCUCCAUCAGCAAGUGGAUGUCUCAUCCCGGCGCCAGGGCUGGAGGCAAAGCUGCCUGACUUGACUGCCUAGUCGUCUUUCUUUUGAGGAACAAACCGGCAGAGAAAGAUAUACAGUCGAACAAUUGUGGUGGUUUCUCAGGGAUCUUGCGAAAAUACCCGCAGUCUAUCAAACGUG